CUGACUAGGAGGUGCUUCCACCACUCUGUUCUCGACACCUGCCAUCAUAUUGAAUAACUAGCACUGUAGUUGAACUGGCACUUUGAAGUUGGAUUACCUUUCCUGUACCAGUGGAUUUUGGUCUCAGAGGAACUUCAGCAUGAAUGUGCCUCAUUCCUCUCUGAUUACCCUUGCUCUACUGUUUCUACAACUAUCUGGUGCAUCUGGGGGCAAAAUCCUGGUGUUCCCAUUGGAUGGAAGCCACUGGGUAAACAUGAAUGUACUCAUAGAGGCGCUACAUGCCAAAGGCCACAAGAUCACUGUGAUCCGGGCGUCUGAUAGCUGGUACAUCAGUGAAAAGUCUCCUCUCUACACCUCUGUCACCCUCACCGGUAAUGGAUUUCAGCAAAACUUUGAUACCUUUUUGUCUCAACAGCUGGAUAUCCGUCUUCGGAGUAAGCAAACUUCUUUUUGGUCUCGCAUGUGGACUCAAAGGGAGCUGAACAGGGUGACUGUGGAGCAGUUCACUCAGUUCCAUAAGGGAAUGAGUGAACUGCUCAUUCAGAUGUUUGAAGAUAAAAACCUGAUGCAGUCUUUUCUUGAUGCCAAAUAUGACGUGGUUUUGACUGAUCCUGGCAUUGGUGGAGGGGAAAUGCUGGCACGUUGGCUCCAAGUUCCUCUUGUUUUUAAUGUCAGAUGGACUGUUCUAGGAGAAGGUCAUUUUCUUGUUGCCCCAUCACCUUUGUCAUACAUUCCUUUCACUGCAACAGAGUUGACAGAUAAGAUGACCUUCCCUCAAAGAAUCAAGAAUGUUAUCAGUUACAUCCUGGGAAUGUACACAAUGUCAUGCAUUGCAGGACCUCAUUACAAACCAAUAGUAAAGAAGUACUUUGGUCCUGAUGUGGAUUACGCAUCGUUAUUCCUGGAUGCUGAUAUAUGGCUUAUGAGGAAUGAUUUUGUCUUUGAAUUUCCACGUCCAACAAUGCCAAAUAUAGUCUACAUGGGGGGAUUUCAGUGCAAGCCCGCAAAGCCGCUUCCUGCAGACUUGGAGGAGUUUGUCCAGAGUUCUGGAGACCAUGGGGUCAUUGUGAUGACCUUGGGAACUUUGGUUGCAAAGCUUCCUCAAGAUGUUGCUGAGGAGAUUGCUGCAGCCUUUGCCCAGCUGCCUCAGAAGGUUGUGUGGAGGUAUACAGGACCAAGACCAGCCAGCCUGGGCAACAACACAUUAACGGUCAACUGGCUGCCCCAGAAGGAUCUCCUAGGACAUCCCAAAACUAGAGUGUUUGUGACCCAUGGCGGCACUAAUGGGGUUCAGGAGGCAAUUUACCAUGGAGUUCCUGUGGUCGGGCUUCCUUUAUUCUUUGACCAGCCUGACAACCUCUCCAGAAUCAGAGCAAAAGGAGGAGCAGUGAUAGUGGAUAUUGGCAUGCUCGAUAGGCACAUGUUUGCCGAUGCCCUGAAGACAGCUCUUCACGAUUCAUCUUACAGGGAAAACAUGCAGUCGCUCUCAAGGCUGCACAGAGAUCAGCCCAUGAAACCACUGGACCAGGCAGUGUUUUGGGUAGAAUACGUGAUCAGACAUAAAGGAGCCCGUCAUCUGCAGUCACAGUCCAACAAAAUGUCCUGGUUUGUUUACAACUCUCUGGAUGUCAUCGCUGCUCUGUUGACAGCUGUGAUGGUUAUAACAUUCUCCUGCAUUUCAGUUGUAAGGCUACUUUGGAGAAUUAUUUUUACUGGGAAAAAAGUUAAACGUGAAUGACAUGUAAAAUAAAAUGAGGGCUUUUGUGUGUGAAAUCCAAGCAUCACCAAACACUAGCCCAACAGUUAUGUCUGCGUGUGACAGCAGAACAGAAGUUGACAGCAUUAGGAAAAAUACUGUAGCACUUUUUAAUUCAUAAAUUACAAAUGGAAAAUUUGAAUUUUCUAAACAAAGGGGAAAUUAUGAAUGCAUGAAUUAGCUAAUAUAUGAUUUAUUGAUGUGUAUAUUGCCAUAAACAUGAUC